AUGGAAGUGGCACUCCCACCAACCCCUUCUCUCCACUCCUCUCCCCUUGCCCUCCAUCCACAUAUUCCCCCAACCCCUCCGCUGCAAGACUACGACGAGUACCAAAAGCUAGGCUUUGUGUUGCCCUCAAACGGCAUUGGAAGAUCCGCGCCGCUCUACCCACUCCCUCCAACAACAAGAGAAAACAAAGUCCUACCCGAAGACCUCAAAACCCCCGACAACCACGUGGAAAGGGACCCCAGACUCAUCAGGCUAACCGGCGUCCACCCAUUCAACGUCGAAGCCCCCCUGAGCGACCUCUACGACGAAGGCUUCCUCACCAGCAAAGACCUGCACUACGUGCGCAACCAUGGCGCGGUGCCAGUCGUCGAGGACGCCGGCGUCCUCGACUGGGAAUUCAGCAUCGAGGGCCUGGUAGCCCACCCAGCCACGCUCACGCUGCGCGACCUCAUGCAGACAUACGAACAAGUCACGUACCCCAUCACACUCGUAUGCGCGGGCAACCGGCGCAAGGAGCAGAACCUGGUGCGCAAGACCAAGGGCUUCUCGUGGGGCGCGGCGGGCCUGUCGACGGCGCUGUGGACGGGGGUGACGCUGGCGUCGCUGCUCGCGCGCGCGGCGCCGACGCGCGGCGCCCGCUACGUCUGCUUCGAGGGCGCCGACCGCCUGCCCAACGGCCACUACGGCACCUCGGUCAAGCUCGCCUGGGCCGCCGACCCCGACCGCGGCAUGCUGCUCGCCCACCGCAUGAACGGCGAGCCGCUCCACCCCGACCACGGCAAGCCGCUGCGCGUGGUCAUUCCGGGGCAGAUUGGCGGCCGCAGUGUGAAGUGGUUGAAGAGGAUCAUUGUUACGGACCGGCCGAGUGAUAACUGGUAUCAUAUCUAUGACAACAGGGUGCUGCCUAUGAUGAUCAGCCCCGAGGACAGCGCGAAUCUGCCGGAGACGUGGAAGGAUGAGAGGUAUGCGAUCUAUGACUUGAAUACCAACAGCGCCAUCUGCUAUCCGGCGCAUGACGAGAGGGUGGCGGUGCCGCCGGGUAGUGAGGGGACGUACAAGCUGAAGGGGUAUGCGUAUGCGGGGGGUGGGAAGAGGGUGAGCCGGAUGGAGGUGACGUUGGAUCAGGGCAGGACGUGGAUGCUGGCGACCAUGUCGUACCCCGAAGACUUGUACCGGCUUGCGCCGGAGGGAGAGGUGCUGUUUGGUGGGAGACUGGACAUGGCGUGGCGGGAGAGCUCCUUUUGUUGGUGUUUUUGGGAGCUGGACGUGCCUCUCUCGCGGCUGCAAGAGGCGGGUGAUGUGAUGAUUCGGGGCAUGGAUGACUCCAUGAUGGUGCAGCCGCGGGAUAUGUACUGGAGCGUAUUGGGUAUGAUGAACAACCCGUGGUACCGGGUCGUCAUCCACAAGGAGGCGCAUGGUUUGAGAUUCGAGCAUCCCGCCCAGCCGGCGCUGAUGCCGGGAGGGUGGAUGGAACGAGUCAAGAAAGGAGGCGGCAACCUCUCCAACGGGUUCUGGGGGGAGAAGAUGACCGGCGAGGACGAAGCGCUAUCGACAGAGGCGCCCGCCAAGGAGAUCAGCAUGGUCGACGAGAAAAUCACCCGCAAGAUCACCGCCGAGGAGCUCCAAGAACACUCUGGCGAGGACAAACCAUGGUUCGUUGUCAACGGCCAAGUCUACGACGGCACCAAGUUCCUCGAAGAGCACCCCGGUGGCGCUGCCUCCAUCACCAACGCCGCAGGGCAAGACGUAAGCGAGGAGUUCCUCGCCAUUCACAGCGAAAACGCCAAAGCGAUGAUGCCCGCCUACCACAUCGGCGCCGCCCCCCUCACCCUCUCCUCACCCACCCCCACCACACCCACCACCACCACCGACACCGUCUUCCUCACCCCCAAAACCUGGCGCCGCGCCCUGCUCGCCUCCAAAACCACCGUGUCCCCGGACACCAAGAUCUUCCACUUCACCCUCCCCGUCCCCACCCAAACCGUCGGCCUCCCCGUCGGCCAGCACCUGCUCAUCCGCCUGCGCGACCCGGCCACGCGCGAGGCCGUCAUCCGCGCCUACACGCCCCUGUCCGAGGGCACCGAGACGGGCACCCUGCGCGUGCUCGUCAAGAUCUACCGCGACACGCCCGCGCGCAAGGGUGGGCUGAUGACGCAGGGUCUGGAUGCGCUGCCGGUGGGGCAUGCGGUUGAUUUUAAGGGCCCCGUGGGCAAGUUUGAGUAUCUGGGUCGCGGGCGGUGUAGUGUGAAUGGGAAGGAGAGGACGGUGCGGCGGUUUGUGAUGGUUUGUGGCGGGUCGGGGGUGACGCCUAUCUUUGCGGUGCUUCGGGCGGUGGUGAGGGAUGGGGAGGAUGAGACAAGCUGUGUGGUGCUGGAUGGGAAUCGGGAGGAGGGGGAUAUUUUGCUGAGGGAGGAGUUGGCGGGGUUGGAGCGGGAAGGGGGGGAACGGUGUCGGCUUGUGCAUACGCUGAGCCGGCCUGGGGAGGGGUGGACGGGGUUGAGGGGGCGGGUGGAUAAGGGGUUGUUGGAGCGUGAGGUGGGGAGGCCGACGGGGGAGAAGGAUACGAUGGUGUUGAUUUGCGGGCCGGAGGGGAUGGAGAAGGCGGCGAGGGAGGCAUUGUUGGGGAUGGGGUGGGACGAGGGCGAUUUACUUUUCUUUUAGUGGAGAGCGACUGUUUGUAAAAUUCUUAAGCUUUGUAUUUGAAGAAAAUGAUGAAUUAUGAUGAGGAGCCUCAUGAAAACAUGAAAACAAUACUCAAUGCCAGUGGCAGUUAAUUCGUCGUGGAAGCCAUCAUGCGAGAAACGAAGUGGUGUGAGAGAUGUUCUUGCCCCGGAGAUGCUCAAACAUGACGGGCAUUCUCGGAUGAGGUCAAAACCGGCUGCUACGUUAGAAACAAACUAUCUCCGUAAGCUUGUAUAGAAUGAUACAAUCUGCCCUUGUAUCUCCGAGGUCCUCGCAACUUUUGGAAAUGUUAGGAGAAGUGUUGUGUUGUGUAACCCUUCAUAUUUACGGUCACAGAACGGAAGCGUAUUGUUGUAACAUCGUAAGUUACCUUACGAGUCACGUGGUACACCUCUUCCAGGAUCCCAAUUGGAGCGCCCGAUUGGCGACCAGCAGCAAGAAGCUCUG